ACUUUGUUUGUCGAAAGGAGCAGGUUUCCGUGUUGCAAGGAGUCUCCUGAUAGUCGUUCAUUCAUUCCCUUUCCAGCCUGCAAACGACGCGGUCCCAGAAAACCAUUCGAAAAGAAAUCCUCUUACAAACCCUCAUAACAUGGCAUCUAGAUUCUCAGCUGCGCGUCCUAAACGAGCAGGGGAGGCAUUUACGCGGCAACAUCACGGCGAAGACCGCGACAACGAGGAUUCUACGUCUAGGAAGAAAGUCAAAUUCGAUGUUCGCAAUCCAUCAGCAUUAGCGCCUAUCGCGCGGGAUGAAGAUGACGAAGAAAACGAUGGAAUUCUCGCUGCCGACGUCAUUGGCACCUCUGGAAGGGCGACGAAGCGCGGUGCGGUAAACAUUGAUGGUUACGAGUCAGAUUCCGAAAAUGAGACCUUCGAAGCAAGGGCUGAGGCACGAGUAAAAAAUGGCAAACCGGCCGAAGAGGUUGACUUUGCCGAUGCCAUGGACGCCUACAACUCUAAGCCCGCUGCUGGUGGCAACGGCGAUGAGGACGACGAAGUCGACAUGUUUGGCGAUUCGGAUGCUGAAAAGAACAAAACUACCAACCGUGGCCAAGCUGGGAAGAAAAACAAGGAGGUCCGAUUCCUAGCUGAAGAUGAGAUUGAGGGCCAGGAGAGCACCAGCAAAAGCGGCGGUAGGGUACGGUUAGACGAUAGAGACGACAGCGAUGACGACGACGACGAUGACGACGACGAAGAAGCCAUUGCAGCCGCUAUCGCCGAAGAAGGCGUGGACGAGGAGGUGGGCGCAGGGGGUCUGAAAAAGCAUGCGCCCAAAAUCGACGCCUUCAACAUGCGCCAAGAGCAAGAAGAGGGCGCGUUUGACGAGGCAGGCAACUACAUCCGCAAGGCGGCCGACGCUGACGCCGUGCACGACCGGUGGCUUGAGGGCGUCAGCAAGAAAGACAUGAAGAAGGCGGCCGCCGCACGGGAGAAGCGCGACGCCGAGCUGCGGAGACGUGAGCGCGAAAACGACAGCAUACUGACAGCGGACCUGCUCAAAUCCCUCAUCCUCCGACUGGAGCUGGGUGAGACUGCUCUGGAUGCGCUGGCUAGACUCAGGAGAGGUCAGACCAAACCUAGAAAGGUGCCCAAGUGGAAGCAGAAAAAGACAAAAAUCGGUGGCGGCGGUGAGGGCGCCAUGGAUAUUGACGCAGAUAAGGAGCCCGAGGAUCCCAAGCAAGUCAAGAUCAAGGAGGCAAUCGACGCCAUUGCCGACGCUGCAGACAGGCUCUUGCAGAGGGACUACCCUAAUAUCUAUGACACGGAGAGAGAACGGCUGAUAAGAGUGUAUCGCAAUGAGACUGGCGAGGAGUGGGUUGAGCCCCAUGAAGCGAACCGGGAAGAGGAGGAGGGCAGCUCAACAGAGGCCAAGAUGUGGGAAUUUCGCUGGAUAGACGGACGUGACGAUGGCCGUACUCAAGGGCCAUUCGAUGGACCUACCAUGAAGGCGUGGCAGGACGCGGGUUACUUUGGUGAGGGCGUAGAAUUCCGGCCAGCUGGUGACGAACGCGGCUGGACGAGAGUAGCGACGUUUAUAUGACAUGACAAGGGCAGCUGUACUUUGAAUUGCUGCAUAGCACCAACACAUGGCUUGCCGCACCUUGACCAACAAUUGCUCUUUUCUGCUCUAUGUGAU